UUGAUUCCUAGUACUAUCUAUCUAUCACCAGAAGAAAGAGGAUAUGUUAAGGCAAAAAAAUCAUAAUCCUCUUUCCUUCGAAAGUGACAUCCAUUUUCCCUCUUUCUUUUCUCUGCACCAAAAUUCGUACGAAAUCUCAGACACCAGAAAAUUCAAAAAAACCCAAACGGGAAAGCAAUGAUCUUUUUAUAUUUUAUUAUAUAACAGAGACGAGAGAGAGGGAGAGAGGGAGAGGGAGAGAGAUUGUUCGAAGACUCGCCACCGGCCACCGGCCACCUUUAAGAUUGUUGAUUGACGAAGGCUAAAUGCAGGGGAAUACCCUCCAAGUUCACAAGGAAACCCUUGUUGCUCUCUCUCUAAUCUCUAUCCUUAUCGUGCUUGAUCAAAAAAAGAUUUGUUAUUGUUAUAUAUAAAAUAAAAUAAAAUAAAAUAAUAAAUAGGUAUAAGCAUUUAGGUAUGGCUUUUGAUCAGAGUCCAAUGCACAAUGAUCUGCGGCCAUUGAACAUUUGUAGGACGAUUCCAGAAGACCCCCGCAUUUCUCCAGCAACCUGUUCAGGAAGGCCAAUAGAGGGGUUCUUUGCUGCAACUCAGCAUCGGGAUGGCAGUCCUGGCUCCUCCAUACCCAUGCUUUAUAUUCCUGGAAAUGCAAAUGAUGCUAGAUUUGUAGGGCUAGGAUAUAGCAACGGCCCUCCUGGUGUGGCCACGUGGGUCCAACAGGUUGUGCCGGCAGCACCCUCCGGGGUCGUGCCCGGCACUCCUGGAUUCAAUCCCAAUUCAAAUUUUGGCCCAAAUUGUGGGAGUGAUCAUACUAGUGACGAAGGUGGCGAAGAUUCGGCCCCAGUUAGGAUAGUGAAGUUUUUGUGUAGUUUUGGUGGCAAAAUAUUGCCUAGGCCGAGUGAUGGGACGUUGAGAUAUGUUGGAGGGCAAACUAGGAUCCUCAGCAUUAGGAGGGAUGUGAGUUUUUCUGAUUUGGUAAAGAAGGUGACAGAUACCUGUGGCCAAGAUGUGGCAAUCAAGUACCAGUUGCCUGAUGAGGAUCUUGAUGCCCUUGUGUCUAUUUCUUGUCCUGAUGAUCUUGAUAAUAUGAUGGAUGAGUAUCAAAAGUUGGCUGAAAGAUCAUCUGAUGGUUCAGCUAAACUCAGGAUGUUUCUGUUUCCAGCUUCAGAAAUGGAUUCCCCUAGUGUGAUGCAAUUUGGUGAUCUACAGGAUACUGGGCAGCGUUAUGUUGAGGCAGUAAACGGAAUUACUGAUGGCGGCAUUGCGAGGUUCGGUAGUACUGCUAGUGCUGUUUCAACGCAGAACUCAGAUUUGAGCAGUAGCGGUGAGGUUCUUGAUUUCUCAUGCCAUGUUCAUUCAGAGAUCACAAGAUCACCAUCUACUGAUGCAAUAUCACCUAGUGCAACAUCUGCUCUUUCUCCUGACUCUGCUUCUAGAAUGGUUUACACAGAUACUACUCCUGCAAUUUAUGCCAACACAUCUGCUGCUCCUUUUGGCAUUCCGAUGGUCAGGUCUGGUCUUCCGGGGACUGCAUUUGCUGCCCCCGAGCAUGCAUCCAAGAAAUCUGUGCCUGUUACUCUACUACAGCAGCAGCAGCAGCAGCAAACUGGUUAUGAUUUGAAGCAACCAAGCGUGACUUUUCCUAUGAGUUAUGUGGAUCCUCAAAGGGAAGCAUUAAGCCAUGCAGAUUAUGUACACUCCACUUCUCAGAUGAGCUUUCCUACACAGCUGAUGGGCACUAUUGGGCCAGUGUUUACGCAGCAGCAUAUAACUGCUGGUGCUACACCUCAGCAGUUUGUUCCUGCAGUUCACACAACAAUGACUUCUCAUGUCAGUAUGAAUCCUAAUUUGGUUCCAAGGUUUCAACCCCAACAAACUAGAUUAGAACAACAUCCUUCAGAAAGCACAGUGGGGCAGCAGUUUGUCCAGUUUAGUCGGGAUCAAGGGUGCAACACCUAUCAGCCUCAGCUCCCUACUACAAUGUUUGGUGGACCAUAUGGCUGGCAUCAAAUUCCUCAUCCCCAACAGGUAGCAGUUUCUGAAGGUUGGGCGGGUCAUCCAGUAACAACUGCACCAGAGGCAACCACUAGAUAUGAUGAUUGUCAAAUGUGUCAAAAAUCAUUGCCUCAUGCCCAUUCGGAUACAGCAGCACAAAACAAAAGUGGUAGCCCUGUGAACAGCAUAUCUGAUUCGAGUUCAGGACAGAACCUUGAACUGCCUACGGCUGUCACAUGUGGAACUAUAUUGGAGUGCACCAAUGAGCAAGGAGCUGCUGUUGCACAAAGAUUCAUUGGCCAUAUGGAUCGUGAAAUUGGACAAACUCUUGCAGAGGGAACUGGGGUCUUAGAGAGUGUUGAGAAUCCAGAGCAUCCUAAAGUAGCAGUCCCUUUGGGUGUGAUGGGAUUAACUACUGGUGUUCCUAAUCUGUGUGGGCCAUUUAUGGGUACUGUUGCUCAGUCAAGCUCGGUUAAUGCUCCUGAGCAACCUUUUGUUCCAAUGCAGUACCAGGUUAAACAGGAGGUGGUGGCUAACAAAGCAGUUCCUGAUGACCUCCUUACUGCUGGGAUGCGUUUACCCACUACAGAAAGCCUUAUCCUUGAAUCACCAAAUGGCUACACUGGGCACAUUCCUAUGAUGCGUCCUAAAGAAGAUAAUUUAGAAUCUACAAAUGCUUAUGAGCACCUGAAGCAAAUUGAGGGUAGGAUGGAAAACCUUAGGAUACAACGGGCUGAAAUUCUAGCCAACAGUGAGCAGAAUAAGUCACUAGUUGAUAAUUUUAGAAAGAAUGAAUUCUUGGAAAGUAGAAGUCAACAGGUUGGUGGUAGGGAGGUAUUUAUUGAUUCCACUUUUAGCAAAAAUACUGUUCUUGAUACAAAUCACCUAAAACCGUAUGAAAUGUCACAUAGUCCCCGAAAUGAACCUUUUUACUUUCAAACUAUGCGGGCUCAAGAACCAUAUGAAGCCCCACAGCCUUCUCGUUUAGGGGACUCCAAUGUAUUUGUGCAUUCGAAGCAUGGAGUUUAUCAUUUGGCCCCUGAUGAGAUUCCUCUUGGCAGCUGUCCUUUCUCUGGUCUUGAAUCCACUCAUCCAAAAGAGAGAGUCCCACUCUUCAAUGAACAUUUGUUAGAGCCCCGAGGUAUUGAGCUUGUCUCAUCAGAUGGAAAUACAACAUCUGUAUCUCCAUCUUUUAAGUUAGGAGAUGCACAGGAAAGUUCAAAUUCACUAUUUAGCAAUCAGGAUCCUUGGAGUACGCAGCAUGAUGCUCAUUUCCCUCCUCAACCCAACAAACUUCAAGUGAGAAAGGAACCAGUGGAUGCCAAGGUCCUCAAGGAUAAUUCUGGUGUGAGUUGUCUGGGAAGUAAUGAUGAGCUGCCAAUAGGCAGUCUUGGAGGAUUAGGAGCAGAGAUGCAAUUGAAUGCCAGAGUUUCCCAGCUUCCUGGCAAUUUGGACAUUGCAAUUGAACACACACUCUCCAACAAAGGUUCAGCAGAGGAAAUGAUCAAGCAGGAAAUUCAGGCUGUUGCUGAAGGUGUAGCUACUUCUGUUCUUCAUUCAUCUAUGUCUUCUGACCGAAAUUUACCUAUACAUGGGAGGAGUGAGCCUGCUUCCACAGGUGAGAGGAAUGGCGAAGAUCAGAUUGUUCAAGGAGAGAGGCAAUAUAGAGAUAAAUUUGAGGAAAUAAAAACAAAAUGUCCAGUGAGGGAAAAUUUUGGCUUUCCAGUUUCAGAUGACAUUGGGCAUUUACAGAUUAUAAAGAAUAGUGACCUUGAAGAGAUUCGAGAGUUGGGUUCUGGUACUUUUGGUACUGUUUACCAUGGAAAGUGGAGGGGAACUGAUGUUGCAAUCAAACGAAUCAAUGCCAGGUGUUUUGCUGGAAAACAUUCAGAACAAGAGCGCAUGAGGAAUGACUUCUGGAAUGAAGCAAUCAAACUUGCAGACUUGCAUCAUCCAAAUGUUGUUGCGUUCUAUGGUGUUGUGCUUGAUGGACCUGGUGGUUCUGUGGCAACUGUUACAGAGUACAUGGUAAAUGGUUCUUUGAGGACUGCUCUGCAGAAGAGUGAGAGGAACCUUGAUAAGUGGAAGUGUCUCCUGAUAUCAAUGGAUGUAGCCUUUGGAAUGGAGUACUUGCAUGGGAAGAAUAUAGUACACUUUGACUUGAAAAGUGAUAAUUUAUUGGUUAAUCUCCGUGAUCCACACAGACCGAUAUGCAAGGUUGGUGAUUUAGGGCUGUCCAAAGUGAAAUGCCAGACAUUAAUCUCAGGGGGUGUGCGAGGAACUCUCCCUUGGAUGGCACCGGAGCUUCUUAAUGGGAGCAGUAGCCUUGUCUGUGAGAAGGUUGAUGUAUUUUCAUUUGGAAUUGUAAUGUGGGAACUUCUAACUGGAGAAGAACCAUACGCGGACUUGCACUAUGGGGCCAUAAUUGGUGGUAUAGUGAGCAACACGUUGCGGCCUACUGUGCCAGAAUCAUGUGGUGCUGAUUGGAAAUCACUUAUGGAGAGAUGCUGGUCAGCAGAACCAUCAGAAAGGCCAAGCUUCACUGCGAUUGCAAAUGAGCUGCGGGCAAUAGGAUCUAAGCUUCAAAAAGAACAGCAGCCAAUCCCCUCAAAACAAACCUAAGUUAAGAGUUAAUGUUAAUACAUUUAUACACUGUUAUUGUCUUCUCCUAUUUUACUUGCUCAGAAUGUCGAAAUUGAAUGUGACACAUAUAGAAGCUAAAAUGUAAUUGGUAUCAUUAGAAAAAAAAAAGAAAUUUAAAAAAAAAAUAUAAUUUUAAUCAAA